UUUUGAAGAAAAAAGGGAAUAAAGUGAUAAAGUGAAGGUUUACUUUGUGUUAACCCUUUCAUGCAUAUAUACGUACAAUUCUGACUCCAUUGAUUCCCGAAAACUAAUGUCAUUGCCGAAAGCUUCAAGUCAGUUCGCCGUUAUCUACGGAAAGCCUACUCCCUGCCACAUCUGCCUCAUCUGCCGCAUCUGCACGAUAAAGAGUUGUAUAGUUUAUGCAAGAGAUUGGAGACUACAUAAGACUUUGACAGAUGGCGGGAAACCCUCAUGAACUGGAUAGAAGCCGGAAGAUGAAUGUCUGCGACUAAGCCGAGGGCCACUGGAUAAGGGUUGUUGACGGUAAAACAGAUUGGAGACUACAUAAGACUUUGACAGAUGGCGGGAAACCCUCAUGAACUGGAUAGAAGCCGGGUCUAUAAUGUUUGUGUGCAACACAAAAUACUCAGUUCGGUGGAUAUUACCUCUUCUAUUGGUCAGUCUCUCAAUCUACCUAUGGUUGUUCCACUUCACUUCCGGGUGCUUCGGGGCCAUACGGGGAAACUCGGUGUGCAAAGUGGACGGAGACCUUCAUAUGAGUGAAUCGAAUGACGGUGUCCGACAACCUCAUGCAGGAAAGAACAAAGGAAGCCGACAGAGUCCCGGAAGUUCAAGGCCUUCGACUUUGACCCAGCAUAAAACGAAUCCACUGGUCCCCGAAAGUGUCAACAACACUCUUUUGCGAACGUUCAAAUCUCGGAUUCUCUCCAACUCAACAUUACCAUUGCUAACACUAUUUACCACAUGGAAUGAUAAUCCAGACAAAUAUAUCGUUCAUAAUCUGACUCUCAUUAACUGGCGGUCAUUUCAUCCUAGCGUGAUUCCCGUAGUUUUCACUAACGAGAGCUCAGUUAUUAUCGAGUGUAACAAAGCGGGCGUCACGGCGUUGCCGCUUUCAAAUGCUGCAGCAGACGGCAUUCCCGUUCUAAAAUAUAUGUUUCGUGACGCCAUGAACCAUUUCAAAACUUCAUUGUAUGCUUUCAGUAACAGCGAUAUACUUUAUACAGACACGUUGAUCCGCACGCUAGCUCAGAUGAUAAACUCUAAAACGAUAUAUUUCAGUCGGCCUGUUUUAAUUGUUGGAUGCAGAACUAACGUCGAGAACGUCACAUUAGAGGAAGGCUUACACUGGGAAAAUAUUACGCGCAUUUCACAAAGUAGAGGCAAACAGUUUACAGAGUGGGCGGAGGACUACUUUAUCACUUCACCGUCGUUUCCGUGGAAUGAAGUCCCUGAGGUUGUGGUAGGGCGGCCGGGUUAUGACAACUGGCUUGUGUAUAAUUCGCGAAAAAUGAAAUACAAUGUGAUAGACGCUACCAAAACGAUCCUGGCUGUACAUCAGACCACACUGGCAGGGAAUAAUGAAGGUCGUAAUCACUCUAAUAGAGACUAUAAUCUCGAUUUAUUAAAUAAAAUGUAUAAAGGUAUACAAUACAAAAAAGGUGUAGUAGGUUGUAUAGAAAUGUAUACUCAAUAUGAAUCGAAACAAUUUCAAGUCAAAACUAGAAAGGUGCGUUUUUCAUGUAAAGUGUGAUGUAUUUGGUAAUGUUUACUUCUUGUGCAUAGUUUGGCAUAGCUGUAUAAGCUAUUUUUUUACCAAUAUUUAUUGCAAUAUUUUAUGCAGAGGCAAUAUUGAACACCAAUGGAAGCGGGAUUUUUUUCUAAUUUAAUGGAAACCAAACAAACAGAAAUUCUACAACUGUACCAACAAAAAUUACUAAUGUGUUCUUAAAUUGUGCACAAACGGUUGUUUACUAGGUAAUGCAUUUAUAAAAUAGCCAAUGAUAACUUCCGAUGUGACGCAAUUGUUUGAAAAUGUUGCAAAUAUCUAGAAGAUAGAUUUAUUUGCGUU